AACUAUUCAAAUGUCAAAUGUAACCAGGAAACAUCGAAGACGUGCCAACAAAAAAUUCACGGCUGCCCGUGGGCAAAAGAUUUGCCUUGCUCUUGAAACAAUUCACAACAAAGCAAAAAAAAGAAAACGCUUCGCCACAGAAGUGCAUCCCGCGUAUUUAUGUAAUAUGUUAGUGGAAAAUAGUUGACGAAAUCCAAUAUCGGAACAGAGCAAAAGCAACAAAUUCUGGAUUUGAACGACAAACUUAUUAUAUAAGAGCUAGUGUUACGUGUUAGGGUGAAGAAAGGGUGACAACGGCCAAGAUGUUGUCGUCCAAAUUAGGUGUUCGUCUAGUGGUGGAAGCCAAACACCAGGUACUGUUGUUCUCAGUACCUAGUCAAAAGAUGACUAGGCGUUUCCUCACACCCAUGUCAGCAUAUGAAAAGAGAAUUGAAUCUAAAAAAUUGUUACCCGAUAAAGUUCAGAAGGCCACCACACAAGACCUGGAGAAUUUGUAUCAUGCCAUAAAGAAUUACACGCCCUCUCCUGUAAAAGCCCAAACGUCUGGUGGCGGUGGUUUAUUUGGAAGAUUUUUGAAAAAGGAACAAGCUGCACCAAAAAUUGAGCUGCUCAACGAAACUGCACCAAAAGGGCUGUAUAUAUAUGGAAGCGUCGGAGGUGGUAAAACAACACUUAUGGAUAUGUUCUAUGACUGCUGUGUAGACAUUCCCAAAAAGCAACGUGUACAUUUUAAUUCGUUCAUGUCUAAUGUGCAUUCUCGCAUUCAUCAGGUGAAACAGGAACGUGGUCCACAAGAUCGUGCUUUCAAUUCGGAAAAACCGUUGCCAUUUGAUCCCACCCUUCCGGUGGCUGAAAUGAUUGCCGCCGAAUCGUGGUUAAUAUGUUUCGAUGAAUUUCAAGUGACAGACAUAGCUGAUGCUAUGAUUUUGAAAAGUCUUUUUACCCAUCUCUUUAACGAGGGCAUCGUGUGUGUGGCUACCAGUAAUCGUCAUCCAAAUGAUUUGUAUAAAAAUGGUUUACAACGCAGUAAUUUUAUACCUUUCAUUGGAGUUCUGCUUAAUCGUUGCAAUGUUUCGGCUUUAGAUAGUGGUGUGGAUUAUCGACGUAUAGCCCAAUCGGGGGAUACGAACUAUUUUGUUAUUUCCAAAACAGAUGCAAAGGCUCAAAUGGAACGAAUGUUUAAAAUUUUAUGCUCGCAAGAAAACGAUAUCAUUCGACCACGUACCAUAACUCACUUUGGACGUGAUUUAACAUUUCAGCGUACCUGUGGACAAGUUUUAGAUAGCACAUUUGAAGAAUUAUGUGAUCGGCCCCUGGGAGGAAGUGAUUAUAUACAGAUAGGACAAUUUUUCCAUACUGUGCUGAUACACAAUGUACCUCAAAUGACACUUUUAAUUAAAUCACAAAUGCGUAGAUUUAUAACUCUCAUUGAUACGCUAUACGACAAUCGUGUACGUGUCGUAAUUUCUGCCGAAGUUCCUCUAGAUCAAUUGUUUAAUUUUAGUGAUAAACCAGAUGGCAAGCCGUUAGCGGAUGAGCAGCGCAUGCUUAUGGACGACUUAAAGUUGACAGUGAAUGAUACGUCGGCAAGUGUUUUCACUGGCGAGGAAGAAAUGUUUGCCUUUGAUCGAACUCUAUCUCGUUUAUAUGAAAUGCAGCAAAAGGAAUACUGGGAACAAUGGGCCAAACAUCGUUAAAUCGAGGGUACAACUUAAUUCCAAAAUAUAAUUAACCUGUAUUAAAGCACGUCACAAAAUUUUCUUUAGUACUUACCAUAGUUCAAAAAUGUUUUUAUGCGUUCUAAAUUUUAUGUGUUUCAUUAUAACGACGAUGACGCACUAGAAAAACCUCAUUGAUUUUCCAUUAUACUUAUAAUAGUUAAUUUUAUAUUGAUGAUUUUAUCGACAAUUUUCAAAUUAGAAAAAUGCUACAAAUGUAAUUGACAAAUAAAAGUCUUAUUUAAAAAAAAAAACAAUUAUGAUCUAGGGUUAAAGUUUGCAGUGAAAGAAAAGAACGAGAUACGCUAUAACACUCUCACCACUGUUCGAAGCAUUUCGCGGUUGGUUGGUUGGACAUUGCUGGUAUGGAUAGCU